GCUCUCGACGUCAUUUGAUCGAGACAGUCAUUUACUAGAGUAUAAAUCCCACUGGAUUAUAUCACCAUUCGGGCUCCCACAACCCCUAUUCAGCUCUGAAGAUCUUUGUUUACUUUUGCACAUCCCCCACAACCGCGCCCGAUCCAAAACUCUUGUUUCAGAUAAUUGUGGACAAUUUCAAGAGGGACUUAUAAAGCUCCAGCCACAAUGACUCUCUACUACAGUCUAGUAUUCUGCCUUCUCGUCUUCGAGAUGGGGGUCUUCAUGGCCCUCAUCGUCCCGCUCCCUUUUGUCGUCAAGCGCAAGCUCUUUGCCUUCAUCUCGGAAAGCCCCGUCAUCGCGAAGCUCCAGUACGGCUUGAAGAUUACUUUCAUCUUCAUCCUCAUCCUGUUCAUCGAUAGCGUCAACCGUGUGUACCGCGUGCAGCUGGAGCUGUCCUCUUUCCACAAGGAGUCCAUGGGAGCCGCCGCCCUGGGCACCGAUCGCAUGGAGGUGCAGGCCCGCAAAUUCUACUCGCAGCGCAACAUGUACCUCUGCGGCUUCACGCUGUUCCUGUCUCUCAUCCUCAACCGCACCUACACCAUGAUCUUGGAGGUCCUCCGUCUUGAGGACCGCGUCAAGCUCCUCGAGGGCGACAAGAAGGCUGGCGGCAAGGACUCGCGCCGUCUGGCGCAGGCCGGCGAGGUCGGCGAGAUUGGCAGCCUCAAAGACCAGCUGGCCGCUAAGGACCGGGACAUUGAGACCCUGAAGAAGCAGUGCGAGGGUCUCACCCGUGAGUACCACAACCUGGGUGAUAAGGUCUCCGAGAAGUCCGAGGGUACUCCCAAGAAGGAUCUAUAAAUGAUCUCUGACGCGGAUGGUAUUCGGUAUUCUUGAACACCGCAACGUCUGCCGACAAUGCGGUGAGGGAAAGCUUCAGCGUGGAAUCACCUACUGUGGUUCAACGGUGUCUCCAUCAUGAUACUGGUUAACAGGUUUAUUUCGGAAUUCUAUGUAUGGGCACUUGUGCUCAAAAUUUAUGUGUUUGCUGUCACGCUUCCAUGCUUUAAGGCAUGGGAAGCGCUGGGUAGAUAUUCCCCUCGGGGGUUAUCAGAUUGUUAGUGUGUUAUUUAUUACGAGGCAGAGAUAUGUAUUGAC